GAGGGGUGGGAGGAGAGGCGAGCAAGAUGCUCCGGGGGUAGCGUGGCGGCGGCUGCUCCAGUAGCAGCCUCUGCGGGGCUGAGGCGGGAGCGGCGCGCGCUCGGCGAACGUUCCCCGGAUCCCGGGCGCGCGCGCGCGCGCGGAGGGCGCGCGGAGCCGCUGCUGGAACGGCGGCUGCUCCGGGGCUGCAUCCCCUCUCCCGCAGAGGGCUCGGCGCGGCCCAAGGGUGCUGCGCCGGUCGGCCGCGCCACCGCUCGCUUCCCCUCCUUAUCCAGCUGCUGCUCUGCUCCGCCCCGGCGUCUCCAGACGCGGAGCUUCCUCUUUCUUCUGCCGCCCCUCCUCCCCCCCGCGGCGCCCGGUCCCAGCUCCCACAAAGAUGCGGCUCUACCGGUGGCUGCUGAAGCAGCCGGUCCCUAAACAGAUCGAGCGCUACUCCCGCUUCUCUCCGUCGCCGCUCUCCAUUAAGCAGUUCCUGGACUUUGGUCGUGACAAUGCUUGUGAGAAGACAUCAUACAUGUUUUUACGAAAAGAGCUCCCAGUGCGACUGGCUAAUACAAUGAGAGAAGUCAAUUUGUUGCCUGAUAAUUUGCUGAACCGACCUUCAGUAGGACUGGUGCAGAGUUGGUACAUGCAAAGCUUUCUUGAACUUUUAGAAUAUGAAAAUAAGAGCCCUGAGGAUCCACAAGUUUUGGAUGACUUUUUACAAGUCAUGGUUAAAGUCAGAAACAGACACAAUGAUGUGGUUCCUACCAUGGCACAAGGAGUAAUUGAAUACAAGGAGAAGUAUGGUUUUGAUCCUUUUAUUAGCAGUAACAUCCAGUAUUUUCUGGAUCGGUUUUAUACCAACCGCAUAUCUUUCCGCAUGCUUAUUAACCAGCACACACUUCUAUUUGGUGAUGACCCUAAUCCUGCUCAUCCUAAACACAUUGGGAGUAUUGAUCCCACCUGUAAUGUGGCUGAUGUAGUAAAAGAUGCAUAUGAAACAGCCAAGAUGCUUUGCGAACAGUAUUAUAUGGUAGCCCCAGAAUUGGAAAUUGAAGAAUUCAAUGCAAAAGCUCCCAACAAGCCUAUUCAGGUAGUUUAUGUACCCUCACAUCUGUUUCACAUGCUGUUUGAAUUGUUCAAGAACUCAAUGAGAGCAACAGUAGAACUUUUUGAAGACAGAAAAGAAGGUUACCCAUCUAUUAAAACGCUAGUAACAUUGGGCAAAGAAGAUUUAUCCAUUAAGAUAAGUGACCAAGGUGGUGGCGUUCCAUUGCGAAAAAUAGACCGUUUAUUUAACUAUAUGUAUUCAACUGCUCCUAGACCUAGCCUCGAACCAACAAGAGCAGCACCUCUGGCUGGAUUUGGCUAUGGCUUGCCUAUCUCCCGUCUUUAUGCCAGAUACUUUCAAGGAGACCUAAAACUCUAUUCAAUGGAAGGAGUGGGUACUGAUGCUGUAAUUUAUUUGAAGGCUCUUUCAAGUGAAUCAUUUGAGAGGCUUCCGGUGUUUAAUAAGUCAGCAUGGAGGCAUUACAAGACAACACCAGAAGCUGAUGACUGGAGCAAUCCUAGCAGUGAACCCAGGGAUGCUUCAAAAUACAAAGCCAAACUUGACAAGAUGAAGACAAAUAGAACUUUCUAAAGAAAUGACUGUAUUUGGCCUAUUUUGUGAAGAUUGUGUCUUCUGCAAGUUGACCAGAGAGCGCUCCUUACCACCACAUCUUGGGGGUGGGUGGCACCCUAGCUAUUCGAGGGCUUGAACAUUUAUUUUCAUUGAACUAGCUGGAGCUUUUCUAUGGACCUUGUCCUGUAGCUGUUCAAGCUCUUCCACUAAAUAACCUGAGUGCUUUUCACAACACCUUGGUGUGUGGUUGGCUGUUCUGGGGGUGAGAAGGUUGAUAAGAGCUUGGCAUGGGGGGGAAUCUGAUGCCUUAUAUAGCUCCCCUGUUUUUCUUCCCUUCACUCUCAUUACUGUAAAGCCCAUUGCCUGUCCUCCCUACCCACAGGAGCUUCCGCUUCUGUCCUAAGUCCAGAGCGCUAUGGUGUUUUGUAUUUGCCGCUGGAUUCCAUGCUCUUCUCAAACCACUGACUAGAACCCAGAAAUUCUGAGUAGUGAAAUCAUCUGCUGGGGCCUCAUCAGUGGGGGAUUCUUUUCCCAAAGCCUUGACCUUAGCUCUCUUAUUCCAUAACCAUCUGCUUUCCAAGUGGCUUAGAUAUUCCUUUCCCUAACUUCAUGUGUGCUCAAUCGCCUUGUCAGUGCUAGGACAUUCAUGUUAGGAAGAAAUCUCACCCAUACAUGCAAUUGAUUUCCUAUUUAAUUUGUACACUGCCAUUCUGUUGAUUAAAAGUGUUCCAAAAGUUGCCCUGGGACUUUCACUGAGACUUUUGGUGGUCUGAAACCAUUAAUGAAAAAUUGCCUUUGAUCAGCUUUGUUAAAAGAAAUUUAAUAAGAGGAAUUAGAUUUUUAAUCCUAUAAAAAACCUAACUAAACUAAUGCUCUAUGCAUUUAGAUUCUUCUGAAGAAGGUGCAAGUAUCCUCUGAGAUAUCCAGUUCUUUAUAGAAAUCUUUGAAAAAUUGGUACCCUGAGUCAGUUUUUGAAAUCUUAACCUUCACUUUAUACCACAAUUUAGAAUAUAGUUCAUUCCUUUAAUCUUACUUUGAUAUCUUUUCUUUCUUUUUUCUUUUUUCUUUCUUUUUUUUUUUUUUUUGUUUUGCUUUUGUUUUUAACUUGGAGACAAAUGGAAGAGAGGUAAUAACAAGAGGAAUUUGUAUUAUAUGAAUUUGUUAUAUUGAAAAUUUUUGAUAUGGCAGUUACUUGAGAUUCCCAGCUGCAUUUAAGAUCCUAUACAUUUAGAGCAGCUAGAUGGAAUAGUGGGUAGAGCUCUGGCCCACAAGUUGAGUAGACAAAUUAACACAACACUUAAACUAGGUGUAUGACUCUGGGCAAAUCACUCAACCCCAAUUCCCUUCCCAAAAAACAAUAAUACAAAAAAACAAAAAACUCUAUACAUUCAUUAGCAUAAUUGAGCUGGCUCACCUCAGAGAGGCUAAGGUGGUGCUUUAGGCUCCAUUCCUUAUUUUAUAUUUAGUUUUUGGUGACAAUUAAGAGCAAGGAUGAUGUAAUGUUUAUUGUUGUACAAUCCACUAUUUCUUAGGAACUAGUUUGAGAUGGUGGGACUAAUUUCUUUCUUAACUAAAAAUCUCCUACCUUUUCCAGACCUCCAUUUAAUCUCUCUAGUUCUUUGAUUCCAUUUUUUUUUAGGAUUAUAUCUUAAGUAUUUUUGUUUUUAAGAACUCUUAAAUGUACAUCCUAAUUUAAUUUUCUCUUUGUCCUUUUUACACAGGACAGUGUCAGUUUUUGUUUUUACUACUGCACAAAGGUGUAGUGUUUUUCCCUUAAGAACAUACAUUUUAUAAGGAUGUGUACUUUGUUAAUUAUUUUUUUGUGUUUCAUUUCUUCCCAUGGAACCUUUUUUUUUCUUUUAUGUCAUUGUGAUGCCUGAGCUCAUACUUCCUGUAGAAAUCUGUUUUUUUUGCACUUUGUUGUUUCAUCUUCUUACAAUGAAUAAUUAUUGAUGGCAUAAAAGUUUAUAAGACUGAGAAUGGUUUGAUCAUGCCAUUUCUUCUAAAGGAAAGAGUAACACUUAACUCCAGGAAAGUUUCAGCUAACUCAAGCCACUAGUGUUGGAUUUCAACAGCAUCAUGAUUUGGGGGAUAAGAUACUAUGGAAAAGUAAGUGGAGGUAUGAACUCGAGAUGAUGUUUGAAUUUUUAAGGACCUUGAAUGUUAUGAGCUUUGGACAUUAAGUGUAGUAUCUUUAUUGGAUUUUGCCUACAAGACCAUCAUUUUUCUUCAAUCCUACGCAUAUUAAUUUCCCUUACUAGAUUACAGGUCAGUAGUAGAUUCACCAGAUAGUGACAGGCUGUUGAAGAUACUCAGUCUUUAAAAGUAUAUUGUGGGUACUGAACAAUGUUUAGCAGAGACAAAGGCUGUGUUUAACAAAGGUCUUAAAAAUAAACUGAAUUAAGCUUUUGCAUAA